UUGACGUGGAACCCUACUUUCAGUAUCGCACUGCUCAUCCAAGAGCAAAAUGCGCGCUGCCGGGCUCUUUGGGGUCCUAUUCUUCACCUUCCUGGCCCCCAAUGUCCUCUCAGUAAAAACUAAUGACUUCAAAACAUGUUCUCAGUCCGGAUUCUGUCGCCGAGGACGCGCUCUUUCAGCUCGUGCAAAGGAUGCCUCGUCAUCUUGGAAAUCCCCUUAUUCUGUUGACGCAUCAUCAGUCUCGAUACCGCCUAGCGAAGCAGUGGUGACUGCUGCAGUCAAGUCAUCCUUAUACCCUGAAAUCAAGUUUGAACUGGAAGUGCGAGUGCAUAAAGAUGGUGUUGUACGAGUCCGCAUGGACGAGAAGGACGGUCUACGGAAAAGAUACGACGAGGCCGCAUCGUGGGCAUUAGUAGCGGAGCCUGUGAUCAGCAAGGAUGUUCAGUGGACGGCGGGGAAGAAGGAUGUACGUGCUGUAUACGGCGAUCUAUCGGUCGUCAUUGCAUACGAGCCUCUACGCGUAACACUGCUACGCAAGGGCAAAGAACAGGUCGUUCUGAAUGGGCAGGGCCUUUUGCACAUGGAGCAUUUCCGUACCAAGGAACCCCCUCCCGAAGUGCAGGCAGGUGAGGCUGGCGAGGAGUCUCAGGCCCCCAUAAAGGCAGAGAAUCCUCGCGCUUGGUUCGAAGGUGAAGAAGAGGAUGCAUUCUGGGACGAGAAAUUUAACUCUUGGACGGAUUCCAAGCCAAAAGGUCCUGAAUCCCUUUCAUUGGACAUCACGUUCCCUAACCACGGGACUGUGUAUGGUAUCCCCCAGCAUGCUACUCGUCUGGCGCUGCCUAGUACCACAGGAGAUGACGCGACCUUCAGUGAUCCAUACCGAUUGUACAACGCUGACGUGUUUGAGUACCUUGCUUCAUCUACUAUGUCUCUCUACGGCUCCAUCCCCGUUAUGCAUGCACACUCUGUGGAUUCAACCGUUGCUAUUUUUAACGCCGUCGCGUCCGAGACUUGGAUUGACCUACACCAUCCCACCUCCAAGUCUUCACACUCCCACUGGAUAUCCGAAUCUGGUAUUAUGGACGUAUUUAUCCUUCCAGGACCCACCCCCGAAGACGUAUUCUCUCAGUAUGCUCGCCUUACGGGUAAUACGCCACUACCUGCCCACUGGAGUCUUGGAUACCAUCAAUGCAGGUGGAACUAUGUGAGCACAGACGACGUCCGCAUGGUGCAGAAGCGAUUCGACGAGGAGGAUAUGCCCGUUGACGUUUUCUGGCUCGAUAUUGAAUAUGCCGAGGAACACAAGUACUUCAUCUGGGAGGAGAAGACUUUCCCGGAUCCAGUUGAGAUGACGAACGAUGUUGCUGCAAUAGGCAGGAAGAUGGUUGUCAUCAUUGAUCCCCACUUGAAGCGUACCUCUAACUAUCCAGUUUAUCAAGAGGCGUCUGAUUUGGGAAUUCUUGUCAAGCCGAAGAGCGGUGAGGGUGAAUAUGAGGGUUGGUGUUGGUCGGGUAGCAGUUCUUGGAUUGAUAUGUUCAAUCCCCCGUCUUGGGACUGGUGGAAAUCUAUUUUCAAAUUCAAAAGAGACAAUGGCUGGUCGUGGACUAACAGCACAGAUGCUAUUCAUAUCUGGAACGACAUGAACGAACCGUCGGUCUUUAAUGGACCAGAAAUUACGAUGCCUAAAGAUAACAUUCACUACGGAGGAUGGGAGCAUCGUGAUAUCCACAACAUCAACGGAAUGCUUUUCCAUAAUCUUACUUCUCAAGCUGUUGCAGAGCGCACCGCACCUCACAAGCGUCCUUUUGUAUUGACUCGUUCAUUCUUUGCGGGCUCUCAACGUUUUGGAGCCAUGUGGACCGGCGAUAAUCUUGGUACUUGGGACCACAUGACAGUCGGCGUACAAAUGGUCCUUGCUAAUGGCAUAGCGGGAAUGACCUUUGCUGGAUCCGACGUUGGCGGGUUCUUCGGCAACCCAGAUACGGACAUGCUUGUUCGGUGGUAUCAAGUCGGCAUAUUUUCCCCCUUCUUCCGCGCACAUGCGCAUAUUGAUACAAAGAGACGGGAGCCAUUCCUUCUUGACGAGCCAUACAAAGGGAUGAUAAAGGAUAUCCUACGCAUUCGUUAUUCGAUGUUACCUGUUUGGUAUACUGCGUUCUGGGAAUCUUCGAGGACAGGAGUACCGGUUCUAAGACCGCACUAUGUAAUGUUCCCUAAGGACAGGGCAGGUUUCGAGAUCGAUGAUCAGUUCUUCGUCGGCUCCUCUGGAUUACUUGUCAAGCCUGUUACGGAAAAAGACAUCACAGAAACGACAGUGUACCUUGCUGAAGACCAGGUAUAUUACAACUACUUCACCGAAGCUCCUUCGUAUGGCUCCUCCAAAGGCAAGCAGAUAACCGUCCCACUCGAAUUGUCCACUAUUCCGCUAUACAUCCGUGGCGGCUCCAUCGUUACAACGCGUGAACGGCCCCGACGUUCCAGUCCGUUGAUGGCCCAUGAUCCGUUCACUCUACGCGUAGCUCUAGACAAAACGGGUUUCUUCGCGAAGGGUGACUUGUAUCUCGACGAUGGUGAGGGGUUGACCUACCAGAAUGGUGAUUAUGUGUGGAGAGAGUUUGUCGCCGAGAAGAACGGGAAGAAGAGCGUCAAAUUGGCCAGCAGGAAUCUAUCUUCUGUGCCAGGAGGAGAAUAUGAGAAGAGCAUUCAAGAUGUUAGAGUGGAAAAGGUGACUAUUCUUGGGCUUGCGAAUCAACCGAAAGGGGUGAGGGCUGUGGGGAGGGACGAGCCAUUAGCGUGGACGUACAAGACUGUUGCUGCAGCUGACAAGGGUAAGGCGGUGGGGGUGUUGGUCAUCAAAGAUCCGGCUGUGCUUAUUACCCAGGACUGGGAGAUCAUUAUAGAUGUUUGAGUAGAUGCCGUGUGCUGACGUCAAAAGCAAAGUCUUAAAGCUGAAACUUACAUCCACAAAAAAGGGUAGCCCCUACUCAUCAUCAGUUCAUCGGUGUCAUCCUUUCUCUAGAUGUGGAUCGUUCCAUUAAAAUUUGGAAUAAGUAGGGCUGACCAUGCAGAUCUGCUUCCAAAUAUGGUGGUCAGGGCAGCGAUCACUGGCAAAUUAGCAACGUUGGUUGAACGGCUCAAAGAUGGCAUGCUGCGCGCGCCAAGUUGAAUGCCAGGCAAUGGAGCAGAGUACAGCACGUGCCGCAGUGCCGAGG